AUGGCAGACCCAACAAGUUUCAUAGCAACAUGGUUCACACCUUCUUCCAUUUUCAUCUUUGUAAACCUCGUCAUAGGUACCAUAGCUCUCACUUCUCGUUUCAAUGCUCCACCCAAAAACCAAACCAACCAACAACAUCAACAACAACCUCAACCUCAACUUAACCGUUCACCUUCCCUUCUUCAACGUGUCAGGUCCUUCAAUCUCAGUUACUACACUAACAACCACCAUAACGAGUCAGAACCCGAGUCCGAGUCCACUCAGCCUCAACUCGUUCGACAGCCGUCUCUAUUACAGCGAGUCGUUUCCUUCCAUUUCAACAAACAUGAACCACAACACCCACAAACACAUUACACUCAACCCGAGUCAGACUCCGAGUCCACUCAGCCUCAACUCGUUCGAAAACCGUCUCUCUUACAGCGAGUCAUGUCCUUCAAAACGCAGCAAGUCCAACCCGAAUCCGAAAACCUAUCUCCGAACCAGAUUUGUGAUGAGGAUAAGAGUAAGGUGGAGAUGAAGAAAUCUGCGAGCAAGAAAGAGUGUUCAAUGACGUCUGAAUGGAAGGAAGAAGAUGAAGAAACGGUGGAGCGAAGGAUGCCAGCGACGGCGGCGGCAAGAAGUGAAUCGACGACGUCCAAAGAAGAUGAAGCGGUAGAUGCAAAAGCUGAUGAUUUUAUCAACAGGUUUAAGAAGCAGCUAAGGUUGCAGAGGCUUGAUUCAUUUAUCCGCUACAGAAACACCAUGUGA